AUGUCUAUUCAAAUUACUACAGCCCUUCUUACAAUGCUCUUGGCUUCGGCCUAUGAUCCCGUCUCUGCUGCUAGAACUCCAGCAACUAUGCCAAAACUCAAGGGUUUUGGCGAUAGAACAGUCGAAGUAUCCAACAGCUUUUCCGGCUCUCCAACAAAGGGAAGGCUUAACGGAGGCUUUAACGGAUGCUUUACCAUUGGCAUGGAUGUGCAUGGUACUCUCUUGAACCUUCUUGUGGAUUCUGGAUCUAGUGAUACUGUUGUUCCAUUCAAAGGUCUCAAUAACUACAAGGGACCAGCUAUUGAUAUCGAUCGUCCACCCAAAGCUCCUAUUGUGAGUGGUGGUUAUAUGGACGGCUCUGGCUUUACAGGUUUUGGAGCGGAUACCACUGUUUCUCUGCCAGGCACCUCUCUCACUUCUGAUGCUGCACCCAUUGUUGCCAUGUUUGAACAAACCGUCGACAAUAUCUUCAUUUCUGGAAAUGACUCUCAGGGUUUAAUGGGCGUUGGUUAUCCUGGCAUUGCCCAGUACAAAUCCAAGUAUGGCACUGUCAUGGAUGCCUGGGUUAAGACUGGAGCAGUCAAGCAAGAUCAGAUCGCAUUCCACGGAUGCCCCUACUCGUUUGCAAAAGAGUCUUAUAUUGAUUUUGGAAACAGUGAGCCUGCUACUGACUGCAACUCGUCUCCUUCUACCACUGUUUGGGCUACAUCUGGUACUGACAGCUUUUACACUGUCGAUGUCCGUGGUGUAAACAUUGGAUCCAAGCCUGUAAAGUUACCAAAGAAUUGGCAAUCAGGCUUUUCUAACUCUGGUAUCUCUGUUAUUGAUUCUUGCACCAGUUUGAUUCUUGGAAACCCAGCUGUUGUCGAUGUUCUCCAAAAGGCUGUUGAAAGCAGUGGUGGUCUUCCCAAGAGUCUUACUCCCGCUGAAAUUAAAAGUUUCUUUAAUCUCAACUACACUAUUCCGGAAAAGCUCAACAUUGACUGGGCAGCUCUUCCCACCAUUUCUUUUGAUAUUCUUGCUGACAAGAAAUCAUCUGGAUCCCCCAGCUCUGCAGCUAAAUCUACUAUCCGUGUCGAGCUUGGUCCUCAUCAAUACAUGCAGGCUGAUGAGAAGGGUGAAAUCAAUUUCCUCAUGUACGGCCUUGAUAAUGUCACUGGUAUGCUUUUCGGUGUCCCAAUGCACACACAUCUUAACAUUGUCCUCGAUCGUUCUGCUGGCCGUGUUGGUUUCUCGCAAGGUUGUGGUUGCGAUCGCGCUACUGAUGGCUAUCCUAAGCUUACUAGUGUAGAUGGCACUGUAUUCAGUGCUGCCGGAUCUUCAUCUCCCAAACCUUCCAACGUACCUGCUACUACCGUUGACGGCCCAUCGACCACUGACAGCCCAGCUACCACCGUUGACGGUCCAUCAACCACUGAUGAUAUCCCAUCAUACCCGCUAGCCUUGGCAGCGACCACUGACAGCCCAGCUACCACCGUUGACGGUCCAUCAACCACUGCCGAUAGUCCAUCAACCACUGACAGCCCAGCUACCACCGUUGACGGUCCAUCAACCACUGCCGAUAGUCCAUCAACCACUGACAGCCCAGCUACCACCGUUGACGGUCCAUCAACCACUGCCGAUAGUCCAUCAACCACUGACAGCCCAGCUACCACCGUUGACGGUCCAUCAACCACUGCUGAUAGCCCAUCAACCACUGACAGCCCAGCUACCACCGUUGACGGUCCAUCAACCACUGCUGAUAGCCCAUCAACCACUGACAGCCCAGCUACCACCGUUGACGGUCCAUCAACCACUGCUGAUAGCCCAUCAACCACUGAUAGCCCAGCUACUACCACUGGCAGCCCAUCGACUACUCAAACUACCAGAGCUAGCCGAUCCACUAGAGCUACCUCCCGUGGUCCCAAACCCACCUCUGGAUGCACUCGCAUGGAUAUUUGCUGCAUCUAUAUUGGAAAGAGCUGCGACCAAGACUAA